AUGAAUUGCCCGUCCAGAGUUGAGCCCGACAUCCCUCUCGACUGGAAUCAAAACCCAGAUCAUCUCAACGCCGAUUCCACCACUCGCAACGACCUCAAUCACAUUGCCAACGAGCGUAGGCAGCGCAAGAACAAAGCCCGAGUCAACGACGACCAAUCCAACGACCUUGCGCAGCGCGCCCCAGCCAACGAAGACGAAAUCAUGUCUAUCCCUCAGCGCCGGAGUGGUGAUAGCGGCGAUGCCAACAGUCACGAGACCGAGAGCAAGAAGGGCAUGACUGUGGGCAUUGACGAGUCACCCAAUGGCAGCAAGCAGAACCUCUCCUUGAUGCAGCGGGCACGGGGGUACAGUGUCAACUCCAUUGAUUGGUCUGUGAAGAAAGGAGACAUUGCAGCUGGCUGCAAGAGCUCUAUCCUCAAGACCAAGGAGGUCAUCUACAAGUAUGCUAAAUUCGUCGGCCCUGGUUUCAUGGUUGCUGUGGCAUACGUCGAUCCUGGCAAUUACUCGACGGAUGUAGCCGCAGGAGCCAGUUAUCGUUUCAAGCUUCUUUUUAUUAUCCUAAUGUCGAACAUUUUCGCCAUUUUCUUGCAGUCUCUCUGCGUCAAGCUGGGUUCCGUCACGGGCAUGAACCUUGCCGAGUCGUGCAGGGAGUUUUUGCCGAAGUGGUUGAACAUAAUUCUCUACGUGUUUGCCGAGGCCGCCAUUAUAGCCACGGACAUUGCAGAGGUCAUCGGAUUCGCAAUUGCCCUUAAUGUGCUUGGUAAUGUGCCUCUCGUCGCGGGCUGUGCCAUCAGUAUCGUCGAUGUCAUGAUCAUUCUCUUCUUCUACCGUCCAAACGGCUCGAUGCGCGUUUACCGUUACUUUGAGUACUUUGUAAUGCUGCUGGUCGUUGGCGUCGUCGUCUGUUUCUGUUACCAGCUCAGUCUGCUCGAGAACACUUCUGUUGGCGACGUCUUCAGGGGCUACCUCCCGAGCGGCGCCGUUGUCGAAUCGGAUGGUCUCUACCAGUCCUGCGGCAUCCUGGGCGCCACUGUCAUGCCUCACUCGCUCUAUCUGGGUUCUGGAAUCAUUCAGCCGCGCCUGCGCGAGUAUGAUGAAAAUGCCGCCGCCGAAAACGCCGCCAACAACGCAACUGCGCCGGAGCCCCAGUCUGAUGCCGACUCGGACACGGAAUCGGUCAAUUCGCUUUCCAAGUACCGUCCCUCGGUCCAGGCUAUCCGCUCCUGCAUGGGCUACUCGAUCGCCGAAACCGCCAUCUCCCUCUUCACGUUUGCCCUCUUCGUCAACUCUGCCAUUCUCAUCGUCGCAGGUGCGGCGCUCUACGGCACCCCGGGCGCAGACGAGGCUGACCUGUUUGGAAUCCACGACCUUCUCUCCAAGCAGAUCGCCCCCGCCGCAGGCACCAUCUUCGCGCUCGCCCUCCUGCUUUCUGGUAUUUCUGCCGGUAUUGUCUGUACCAUUGCCGGCCAGAUGGUUUCUGAAGGCCAGCUGAACUGGACUGUCAAGCCAUGGGUGCGUCGCACGGUCACGCGCAGCAUUAGCAUCACGCCGUCGAUCAUCAUUGCGGGCGCAGUGGGGCGACAAGGCUUGACUGCCGCACUCGAGGGCUCGCAGGUCGCAUUGUCGGUCAUUCUCCCGUUUGUCAGCGCGCCGCUCAUCUACUUCACCUGCCGCUCCAAGUACAUGACCAUCUCGGCGGUGAACACGCGCGUUGGCCGCGCCGCCGAUCCCGUUGCGAAUGAUGUCGUCACGGGCGCCGAGGCGGGUGUUCCGGGUGGAGAGACGGUCAACAUGAAGAACAACUGGAUUACGGCUGCGGUUGCCGUCGUGAUCUGGUUGAUCAUUGUCGUUAUGAACGUGGCACUGUUGGUGUUGGUGGGUAUGGGCAAGACGACGGCGUAG